GUAAAUCACAGAGAGAUGCGGAGAAUGCUGAGAGAAUGUUUCUUUAAGACCCAUUACCUUCCAAUCCGACAGAGGGGGAUGCUAUGGUAAGGUGAUGUAGCGUUGCUCCCCGCUCCCUUAUGCCGUUUGUGGAAAGGAGAGAGACGGGGGGAACCAUAUAUCCGGGUUUUUGAGAGGCAAAAUCAGCGGAGAUGGAUCCGAAGAAUAUUUAACGUCAGAUUUGAACAAUAUGGAUGUCGCGUGAUGAAUGUGCUAUCGCUCCCGGUGCUGUGAAGACCCAAUCAGUGGACCGAGUAGGAAGGUGGGCCUUCCUCUCCUGCGGCCCCUCCCCUUCCUCACCCUCAGCCAAUCCUAGACUCAAACCACAGCCCAGUUUCCCAUAGAUACUUCCUUACUGCUUUGGUCAUUCAAGAUCACCUAGUUCUGUCAUGGUCAACAAAACCCAGAUUGUUGCACAGUAAGAAAAAGCUGCGAGAGAGAAAAAUCCACUAGGCCUAUUUGUUGGUGUUGUUUUGGAGAAAAUAAGUAAGGUAAUAGAUCAAAUUAGAGAGAGUGAAGAGGAAGCGUUGAACACGACUGGUUGAAAGCUAUUUUUGACAAAGAAAUAAAGCAACGAUUUCUCUUUUUUACACUCUGUCAUUUCAGUGAUGAGAUUAACAGGCUCAAACAGAAGCUCGCAUGCAAGUGAGGUAACAGAUUGACAUUCUGUCCACGAAUCACACGUACACGCACUUUGACCUACGGAACCCCUGCACACAGGGCUUUUGCGUAAACAAGCACUCCUAACAUAGACGUUUUCUCCCCGGAGCCCACCACACUCUCUCCAGUCUCAUGAUGAUGUGUGAGGUGAUGCCCACCAUUUCGGAGGACGGGCGCGGAGGAGGCCCCUCCUCUCCUGGGGUUGGGGCUGGGACAGGCCCUGGUGGGGCCAUGGGGGGAGGGGGCUACGGUGGCCGAGGGGAAUCCAGGGGCGGGGGUGACGAGGGGGGCAGCACAGGGAACCUGGAAUCCCUGAUGGUCAACAUGCUGACCGAGAGGGAGAGGCUGUUGGAGAGCCUGAGAGAGACCCAAGACUGCCUUGGGACGGCCCAGCUACGCCUCAGAGAGCUGGGCCACGAGAAGGACUCCCUCUCGAGACAGCUGUCCAUCGCCCUGCCACAGGAGUUUGCUGUGCUGACUAAGGAGCUGAAUGUUUGCCGGGAGCAGCUACUGGAGAGGGAAGAGGAGAUUGCUGAGCUCAAGGCGGAGAGAAACAACACGCGUUUGUUACUAGAGCACCUGGAGUGUCUUGUGUCUCGUCACGAGCGCAGUCUGAGGAUGACGGUGGUGAAGAGGCAGGCCCAGUCCCCGGCGGGGGUCUCCAGUGAAGUGGAGGUCCUCAAGGCCCUCAAGUCCCUGUUUGAGCACCACAAGGCUUUGGAUGAGAAGGUUCGAGAGCGACUCCGCGUGGCCCUUGAGAGAGUGACCCUUUUGGAGGAUCAACUACAAGCAUCCGCCCAAGAGGUGAUCUCUUUAAGAGACCAAAUUAAAAGACGACAACAAGGGUUGGACGGCGGGAAAGAUCGCCUACCCAAUGGACCCUCCUCUGGAUUGGACGACGGUGAGAUCGACAGACAGAGAGAAACGGAGAUAGAGCGGCAGAGAGCUGAGCUCUCCCAGCUGAAAGAAAGAUUGGCCCUUAUGUGUCGACAGGUUGGGGAAAUAGAGGAACAGCUUGCAGCCGCCAGGAGGGAAGUGACGAAGUCGGAGGAGGCCAAUCAGAAGCUCCAGAGGGAUGUGAAGGAGGCUCUGUGCCAAAGGGAGGAUAUGGAGGAGAGGAUCACUACAUUAGAGCGCAGGUACCUCAGUGCUCAGAGGGAAGCAACCUCUCUACAUGACAUCAAAGACAAGCUGGAAAAUGAGCUGGCCAGCAAGGAGUCACUGCACAGACAGAGUGAGGAGAAGAACAGGCAGCUCCAGGAGCGUCUGGAUGACGCCAAGCAGAAGCUCCAGCAGACCCUGCAGAGGGCCGAGACACUGCCUGAGAUCGAGGCCCAGCUCGCCCAGAGAGUGGCUGCCCUCAACAAGGCAGAGGAGCGCCAUGGGAACUUUGAGGAGCGACUACGACAGAUGGAGGCACAACUUGAAGAGAAAAAUCAGGCAUUGCAGAGGGCAAGGCAGCGAGAGAAAAUGAAUGACGAACACAACAAACGCCUCUCGGAUACGGUGGACAAGCUACUCUCUGAGUCCAACGAGAGACUGCAGCUUCACCUCAAAGAGAGAAUGGCUGCCCUCGAGGAGAAGAAUUCCCUGUCAGAGGAGCUAGCAAACAUGAAGAAAAUCCAAGAUGAUCUUCUAGCAAACAAGGACCAGCUCAUAGCUGAGCUGGAGAGGAUUCAGCUGGAGCUGGAUCAACUGAGGGGCAGGCCUGGCUCUUCCUAUUCCAGGUUAGCCACAAUGGAGCUUCAAGGGACGAGCAACGUGAGCUCACUUCCCUCCACCCUUUUUCGAAGAUCUCUUCCAGGGAGUGCCUCAGAGCUCCGUUACCCCCAGGGUGGUGGCUCCCUCCCAGCCGGCUACGGCAGCUCCUCCAGUGGCGUGGUGGUCCGGAGGGCACACCGCGGCCGAUGGGCUCCCCCCAGGGAUGACAGCAACAAGUAUGGAGAGUGGGACAGUGGCAACAUGCUGGGUCCCGGGUUCGAGGGGGGAGUCGAGGGGGGCUGCUCAGAUGACGAGGACGACAGGGAGACCCUGUUUGGCUCGGAGCUGCUCUCGCCCAGCGGACAGACGGACGUACAGACCCUUGCCAUCAUGCUGCAGGAGCAACUGGAGGCCAUCAACAAGGAGAUCAAGCUGAUCCAGGAGGAGAAGGAGAGCACUGAGCUGAGGGCGGAGGAGAUUGAGAGCCGGGUGAGCAGCGUGGCCCUGGACUCCUCUCCUCUCCCCCCGUCCUCACUGGGUGGGGCCAGGGACAGCGUGGGGAGGGGCUACAUGACCCCCUCCCUCACCUCCUCCACCCUUGCCUCCCCUUCACCCCCCAGCUCUGGACAUUCCACCCCCCGACUGCCACAUUCCCCUGCCAGAGAAUCAGACAGACAGAACAGCAAAGAGGGCGACGACUGCCGGGCGCUAGCCUUGAUUGACUCCACCCCUCCUCCGGUUCCUCGUGCUCUGCGAUUGGAUAGAAUGACUCACACACACCCAGGGGCUGGGCUGGAUGAUCACCGCGAAUUCCGCAGUAGUCAGGACUCUCUCCACAAAGCCAGCAAGAAGAAGAGCAUCAAGUCCUCCAUUGGACGCCUGUUUGGGAAGAAAGAGAAGGGGAGGAUCGGAGGACCUGGGAGUCAGUCUGCCUCUCUGGCCUCCACACCUUCUGAUGACCUGGGCUCAGCUGACCCCCUGGGCCUGGCCAAGAUGGGAACUGGCACCGUGGAGAAAGAUCGCCGCAGCAAGAAGAAGCACGACCUGCUAGAAGAAGCUUGUCGCCAGGGUCUUCCCUUCGCUUCAUGGGAUGGCCCCACGGUGGUUACAUGGCUUGAGUUGUGGGUGGGCAUGCCCGCCUGGUAUGUGGCAGCAUGUCGUGCCAAUGUGAAGAGCGGUGCCAUCAUGGCCAACCUGUCGGACACAGAGAUCCAGCGGGAGAUUGGCAUCAGUAACCCCCUGCACCGCCUCAAACUGCGCCUGGCCAUCCAGGAGAUGGUGUCCCUCACCAGCCCCUCGGCACCGGCCAGCACACGCUCCUCGACCAGUGAUAUAUGGAUGACUCAUGCCGAAAUGGAGUCACUGACCGCUGCCAUUAAACCAGAAGUGAAGGAGUUCAGCUGGGACCAGAUCCUUGCCUAUGGGGACAUGAACCAUGAGUGGGUAGGGAAUGAGUGGCUGCCCAGCCUGGGUCUGCCCCAGUACCGCUCCUACUUCAUGGAGUCCCUUGUGGACGCUCGCAUGCUGGACCACCUCACCAAGAAGGAGCUUAGGGGACAGCUCAAAAUGGUGGACAGCUUCCACAGGGUAAGUCUGCAUUAUGGCAUCAUGUGCUUGAAGCGUUUGAACUACGACAGGAAGGAGCUUGAAAGGAGGAGGGAUGAGAGCCAACAUCAGAACCAAGAUGUGAUGGUAUGGUCCAAUGAGCGAGUGAUGUGUUGGGUCCAGGCCAUUGGGCUAAAGGAGUUUGCAGAUAACCUCACAGAGAGUGGGGUGCAUGGGGCCCUCCUAGCCCUGGACGACACGUUUGACUACACUGACCUUGCCCUGCUACUCCAGAUACCCAAUCAGAACACACAGGCGAGGCAGAUGCUGGAGAAGGAGUACAAUACCCUCAUCUCCAUGGGAACUGAGAGAAGACCAGAUGAGGACGGCACUAAGACGUUCACACGCUCGCCCUCGUGGAGGAAGAUGUUCAGAGAGAAGGACCUCCGGGGCGUGACCUCUGACUCCUCAGAAACAUUACCCGCCAACUUCCGUGCCUCCGCCAUCUCCACGCCCUCCGUCACCCUGAGGAAAGUCCAGAGUGAAGUGAACUCUGGGCCCAGGGGUGAGUCGGGGUCAGUGAGAACAUAUUCCUGCUAGAGAUAAGCACAUCAGAGUCCCCCCCCCCCCACAAAAAAAUGUUUUUGAAGAAAAAAAGAUGAAGAUCAUCAACAAAAUGGAGAAUAGAACAUAAACAAAAAAGAAUUCCACUGGAAUCCUUGAAGAAACAAGGACAAUGUAAGAGAAUGAAAAGAUACUAAAAUAGAGUGAAUGUCUGUCUGUCCAUUUCUCUCUCUCUCUCUCUCUCUCUCUCUCUCUCUCUCUCUCUCUCUCUCUCUCUCUCUCUCUCUCUCUCUCUCUCUCUCUCUCUCUCUCUCUCUCUCUCUCCCUCUCUCUCUCUCGCGUUCUCUCUCUCUCUCUCUCUCUCUCGCGCUUUCUCUCUCUCACUCUCUCUCUCUAUCUCUCUCGCUCUCGCCUUCUUUUCUCUCUCUCUCUCUCUCUCUCUCGCUCUCUCUCUCUCUCGCUUUCUCUCUCUCUCUUUCUCUCUCGUUUUCUCUCUCUCUCUCUCUCUCUCUCUCGCUUUCACUCUCUCUCUCUCUCUCUCUAUCUCUCUUUCGCUUUCUCUCUCUCUCUCGCUUUCUCUGUCUCUCGCUUUCUCUCUCUCUCGCUCUCUCUCAAUUUCUCUCUCUCUCGCUUUCUCUCUCUCUCUCUUGCUCUCUCUCUCUCGCUUUAUCUCUCUCUCUUUCUCUCUCUUUCUUUCUCUCUCUCUCUCUCUCUCUCUCGCUCUCUCUCUCUGUCUGUCUCUCUCUCUCUCUCUCUGUCUCUCUCUUUCUUUCUCUCUCUCUCUCUCUCUCUCUCUCUCUCUCUCUCUCCGUCUUAGUCCACAGUUGUGGCAUGAAGCUGUUCGAUGCUGUAAAGAAAUUACUCCAUCGCCCAUUGUGAAGUUCUUCUUCCGUGUGUGAAAUGGGAAAUCUGACACAGUGACUCUUAUUUUUUUCAUUGGGGUGUAAAACUGCAUUUCCAUUUGGAUCAACAGAAUGAUGACCCUGAUAGACGUUUUUUUUAUUUGAACUGUCGAUAGAACAUGCAGACCCCAUCUCAGUAACUGGUAUUAGGAUUUUGUUUCUCAACCUUUUUGUACCAUGGACAGGCAAGCUAAGGUAUUACCUUUACUAAGGACCCACAAGCUAUGGUCCUUCUCUCUUGGGGAAGCACUUACAUUAAAACGAGCAUUUGAGUACUCACUAGGGUCAGGUACAGCUAAACAUCUGAGGGAUCGGUGAGCAUCACCCUAGGGACUGCUGUCGGUCCAGGGACCAGAGGUUGAGAAGCAAUGUACUGUACGAGGUACAGAGUCAUAAGGGUUACAAAGUGUUACGAAGGCAGAGUAUGUGAGGGAAUGAGGGAAUGGAUUCGUAUCUUCUUAAGCCAUAACAGACACCAUGGGAUGAGAAGGACCAUGGACAAUUGGUGAAGUGCAUUAUGACAAAAUCCUGUUUUUAAAAAAAAAAGACAAAAGAAGUGAACGUUUGUGUUAAUAUGCAUGCCAAAACAAAAACAUAGAGUGAGAGUAAUGAUAUCAAUCAUCUAAUGAUGUGAAAACUUGGGUAAGGAAUUUGUAAAAUGGGUGUAUUUUAUUUUUUAUCAUUUUUUUUAAUGAUAACCUCUAUUGUAUGUAGGUAAGUAAGUGUGUGUGUGUGUGUGUGUGUGUGUGUGUGUGUGUGUGUGUGUGUGUGUGUGUGUGUGUGUGUGUGUGUGUGUGUGUGUGUGUGUGUGUGUGUGUGUGUGUGUGUGUGUGUGUGUGUGUGUGUACAGUAUGUAUGUAUUGAACGGUAUUUUAAUUUCAUACUUAGUUAAGAUUGACUGUAAUUUCAUUUUAGGUUGAAACGUAAAUACGUUUCAAAUGAUGGACAUUAAGAUAUACUACUUGUAUGUGUACAUUUUGAAAACAAAUUGUGUUAUGAUUUAAACUAAUAUCAAUAAUGAAGAGUAGUGAGGAUAAUUAAAUAUAAUAUGAUAACAAUAAUGAUAAUGAUUGUAAAAGCUGUAAUUAAAAAAGACCUGUAAAAUGGA